AUGGCCGCCGAAGAAAAGGGAGGUUCUGGGUCGCAGGGGCGGGAAGACUUCGACAUUGUUCGCAGCGGUGGCCCUUCCCGUGACGAAGCGGACCUAUCCUCGAGCGAAAAGCCAGGGACCGAGCAGUCUGAGACAACGACUCUGGACAGCAACACGCCAAUCACGUAUCUGUAUCUUACCUUUGACACCGACUUGCCGUCGCCGCCUAUGAUACAACAGCCGGACCUCGAUGGUCGACAACCGCCUCUAUGCCCAGACUUGGCAACGUACACGUCUCCCUUGACAUGGGGUCCUACUCAUAAGAGCAUCAUGCUCAUCCUAUCAUGUCUGGCGACGUUUCUGACAGCGUUCACAGCGGGUGCUUACGCUCCGCCGGCCAAUAUCAUGGCAAAUGACUUUGGGACAUCUCGGCUCGUUGUGCUGGUGGGCAUCACCACGUUUUGCAUGGGAUUUGCCUUUGCCCCAAUGGCUCUCGCGCCCAUGUCUGAGAUAUGGGGGCGCUAUCCCAUCUUCAUCAUCGCCGGCACCGUCUUUGCCAUCUUCCAGGCCGUUUGCUCCGUCAUGCCGGAUGCUGCUGGCAUGCUGGUGUCACGCUUCCUCGUCGGUACCGGCGGCUCGGUCUUCUCUGCGGUCGUCGGAGGCGUCUUGGCGGACCUAUGGGAAAAGGAGGAACGAAACACACCGAUGGCACUGUUCAGCGGUGCCGUAUUGGCUGGGACAGGGGCUGGCCCACUGGUUUCUGCUGCGUUGAUCGAGACGGUGGGCAGCAAUAAUCGUGCCUGGAAGUGGUCGUUCUGGGUUCAGGUCAUUCUUGACGCUGGUCUGCUGCUUGCUCUCGUUCUUUUCUUCAGAGAGAGCCGAGCUUCCGUCUUGUUGUCCAAGAAGGCAAAGAAGCUUAAUAAGUGGUAUGAAGAAUUGGAAACGCAUGGCGUAUACGGGCUAUCCAUCAGCAGCGAACUGGCUAUCUUGGCGUCUGCUACGUCGAGCCAAACGACAAUUACGCUCAACCCGAAUGAUCGGAGUAAUACUUCCACAUCCCGCUUACGACGAAUCCGCUGGCUCGUCAAGGAAGACGAACAACGCGCUUCGUUGGGACAGAUCGUCCUCACCUCCAUCAGAAGGCCAUUUUACCUUCUCCUCACGGAGCCAGUGGUCUUCUGCUUCUCCCUAUGGGCUGCCUUUUCGUGGGGCGUCUUGUACCUCUCCUUUUCAGUUGUCCCCUUUCUCUACGGCGCAAACUUUAGCAUGUCGAGCAGAGUGUAUGUGGCCAUGAUGAUUGCAUCUGCGGUGGCAACCAUUGUCGGCAUCUUUCAGGAGCAUCUCUUGAAGCACUCCCAGUGGAAGAAGCAGGAAGAAGGCUUCCAGUACUCUAACUCUAGGUUCUGGGCCUUUAUGCGGAGAAGAUUUCCGGCUGAAGCACCGGAGGCCAGACUAUACUUUACCUGCAUCACCGCGCUGCUUUUGCCCGUUGGCCUCUUCAUUGCUUUCCUGACAACGGGAGGAUAUUCAAAAGCAAUUGGUCUGGGCUUGGCGACCUGGGGCAUAUACUCCGUCUACCUCGCCACGUUCAACUAUCUGGCCGACACAUACCAUAUUUACGCCAGCUCUGCUCUUGCAGCACAGAGCUUCUGCCGAAACGUCCUCGGUGGCUGCUUUCCGCUGAUUACGAGCAUCAUGUUUACCAACCUCGGUACCAAGGGCGCUGGGGCUAUGCUGGGCGGGAUUGCAACAGGAUUGACGGUCAUUCCUUGGGUGCUCCUCUUCUAUGGGGAGAGGAUCCGUGCGAAGAGCACCUUUGCCAAUAUCACGGAGAAGCGAUAUUUGGCAUAUUAA